CGACCUCGACAUAAAUACAGUUGAAGUCAGUUGUGACUCUUGAAUAGAAUAGAAUAGAAUCUUGUUUCGACGUAGAACAUCGUCUCUCUAAAGCAAUCGAGUACGGAUUCAGAGUUCCAAAGACAUUGGAAUACACAUGGCGAGGAAGACAGGAAGACAACACUUUCUUUUUUUUCGACGCCUAGGAGCAAUACUUAGAUGAGAGCCUGGAAGACAGUCCCUACUCUCCAAUACGUAUAUUUAGUCCAGAUAUUGUAAGACGUAUAUCAUAUAUUACAUAUUAAAAAGUGAAGCAAGAGACACGAAAUGACGCCAGGGGCUUCAUAAAAAUACAAAUUCACAUCAACAGAAAAACGAUCAGGGAAGCAAAAAUGACGGAAACAAUCAAAGUCGACGAUUCAAAGCACAGCAACUCCCUUCAGUUGGAACUGGGAGUCGCCGCUAACCUAGUGAAGGGGUAUGCGCCCGGCUGGAACCCCGCGAAUGGGAAGCUAGACAUCCUCAACAGGCCGAAUGAGCAACCCAUAAGCCUACAAUCUCCAGCGCCCUCUGGAGAAAGAGGUGAGUGGGGCUACCCUGUGAUAAGCUUGCACGAAACUGCAGAAAGUCUGAUGACUGAAUUGCUUGGGUACGAGAUAGAUGACGCUUCAGCUAUAGACGGUGCGCCCCCUUCUCUUCCGGCAGGGCCCCUGCUACUAUCUGCGCCGACGGGGCAAAGGGCAACGAAAGAGCUGACGGACAUUAUAGGCGUCCCUCUGGAAGAUCCCAAUCUCCGUUAUGUCCUCGUCAAACUCAUUCGCCAGGACGAGACAGUGCUUCAUGCGAUCAAGCAGCAUGACUUUUGGACCACAGUCCCCGUUUCACGACCUGACCCCCGGAUCGGGGUUAAGACCGAAUUCACGCGUUCCAUGGCAAGCCUGCGCCAUUUUCCAGCGUCGGCGACUGAGGAUACGUUCCCUGUUUUGACGCGAGAGGACGCCAACGCCUACUUGGCUCAGUUCGCGCAAUACGGCACCCACUUCGUUUCGUCGGUGUCUGUUGGUGACCAAGUUGUCCAAGUGUUUGCUUACGACGCAACACGUUUCGAGAAAGUGAAAGAAAGUUUUGAAAAAAACGAUUUCGCUGGCUGUGCGGCUGCCGAGUUCGCGUAUUAUACAACGGAUGCAAAUGCGGGGCAUUUCGGCUACGUGAAAAAGUACGGGAAUAUUCUCUGCUUCAGCAAUAGCAAAGCAUUUCGGAAUAGCUUGAGCAAAGGGUUGUGGAAGGAGAACUUUUGGGCCAAACACGACAGCGUGUUCCAGAUUUUCAGCGAAGAUACCGGUGUCUCUCGCACGUGGUUGAAUGAAAAUCUCACGGGACAGGCACCUAUCGGACUUACCCUCGCCCCACUAUCAACAGUUACCGAGGACAGGCGAGCGACCUUGUGGCGUCGCAUUUUUAAAAGAGCCAUGUCGACAGUUUUCGGUGACGCCAUUAAUCCUAAUUUCAAACCGCGAGCCGACCCUGAUUUUUCUAAAAUGAUUCUCGAAGACACACCCGGUGUCGUUUCGACCAUCGCUACUCCGACCAUCAAUGUCUACAAAGCGCGACUAGACCUGGAUGGAAUGCAGUUUAGGACGCAGGAAGAAGUGAAAUUUUUUACCUCUUACGGAUAUGUCAUCAGCGGCACGUCAAAGGAAGCUGUCGAUUUGCCUGGAGAAAAUGUCCGAUUAUUCGGAUACAAGUUGGACAUGAGGGCAACCGGUCGACCCAACAUCAUCUCGCUGAGUCGAAAAGGAUUCGAUGGUCUGCAGCUCGGUUGCGAGCAUUUCCUCGGCGUGGCACGUUUCCAGACCGUCGACGGGAAUAAACAUUUUCUGGUAGCCGACGGUUUACGCUACGAUUUGGAUGAAAAUGGCUGGCCGUCUGUCACCGAUGACGUCAGGCGACCGCCGAAUGCCGCCUAUUUAUCGGACUUGAAAGACAGUAUCGAGUUUUCGCUGGCGUUUGGUGAGGCUGUCCUCGGAGUACAAACUGGCACAGAAGGUGAUAGCCCAACGCAACAGCUCGCCCGCGGCUACCUGAAAUGGGUCGGGAAGGUCAUUCCGUCAGAUACCCAAGACGGAGACCUGCUGACUCUGCGCUUCCGAGCGCUCGACUUGAGCAACUACUCCCCCAACUGCGGAUAUGGGGCAUUCGUGCCGAUUUUACCGGCGACCGAGUACGAAACUUCAGUGAAGAAAAUUCUGAAUUUCCUCCAAGAAAUCCAGCGUGAAAUAAAUGAAAACACCAUCCAAAUUAAUCAACGCAGACUAGCCGAAUUAACGAACGUCACUGCCGAAACUUUAAACGAAAAUAUUGUACAGUCCGGGAAACUACUCGUUGGUCUGAUCAAAGCGAAUGCUCAAUCAUCAAAAGACUUGUCUGGUUACUACGAUUCUGUCGUUGCUGCAAAUGAGAAAGAAGCCAAGGCUCAGCAGAACAAAAUCGACGCUUUAUCGAAUUGUGUUUUCGAGCAGCAAGUUGAAGUCGAUAACGCUGGGCAAAGAUACAAAGCUGCUGUUGAAAAAUGGGAAACUAUGGAAGCCAUCAAGUGCGGCUUAGACGUAGUAACCAACAUUUUUAGCUUGGGCACUGCCAUUGCAAUUCCGUCCAGUACGCUUGAGGGAGUAAAAGAGCUGUGCACAAUAGCACAGCGUGUCCAGAAGCUGCUGAAUGUGCUUAAUGCCGCGAUGAAAGUCUACAGUUCACUGUCUGGCUCGAUACAGAAUAUCGAUGACGCCCAAAAAGCGCUGGAUGGCAUGGACGGCAAGGGUUAUGGCGAUAUAACAGUGUUACAUUGGGAAGAAUUGCUCCUAAAUUUGGGUACAGUAAUGGCUUAUGGACCGAGUAUUCCCGAGAAAGACGGAGUCGUUAACGCUUUCAAGACCCUCGUUGCCCGUGGCAAGGCAUUAGCCAGUGCUCAGUCAAAUCUGCUGCAGAUCCAGCGCGACAUUUACACCACUCGGUGCCAAAAAUCAUUCAGUAAGCGUGAAGCAGACCGCCUGGAAAAGUUAGUCGGCACCUUACAUCCAAAGAAAAUUCAAGAGCUGGACAGAGAGUCCAUCGACCUCGUCGGAUUGACCCGCAGUUUGGACUACCAGCGCCAGCAGAUGUUCGCGACAUUGGCUAAAUCUUUUCGGAUUCAGGAUCGGGCUUUGCAGUACGCGUGGCUGCAGAAUCCGACGCCGAUAGCGAGUUAUAGUCUGUUGACUCUCAUGCGCUCUCGCAUCACGCAAAGCCAGGAAACGGAAAGAGCUAAAUCCCUGUUGCUGCAGUAUCAAGCUUCGACGACCAAACCCAUCGGCAUCGACAUCAAGGGGGUGAUAGCCGAUAGCGUCAGCAACGGGAGUGCGUUCGAGAUCACGAUCGACCCCAACCAUCCUCGAUUUAGGGAAUACGUCAACCUUCGCGUUCUAUCUGCAGUCGCCGAAGUCGUGGGCGUAAAAUCUACCGAAAGUGGAAAACUCCUCGUUAAGUUGACUUUCGAAAACAAGCCCUUCGUCGACCGCAACGUCGAUCGCGAAAACAUUCGCUUUCACACCCCACGGCGCGAACGCACUUACGAGUACGACGUGGCUACGGGAGAGCCGAAUUUCGCCGACGAAGGAAACUCGUGGUCCGAAGGGGUGAACUGCGUUACGCCUUUCGGAUCCUGGUCGGUAUCGCUGCCCAAAACACAGAUCAAUCGCGGGCUGGUUUUCGAAAACGGCGUUACCGUCGACAUCCGGCUGAAGUUCACCGUCAAAGCCAGAAUCGUCGAUGCGCCGACAAGAGUCGUAGAUGGUGCGCAAAUCGUCGCCCGUGCCUUAAAAGUCGAAACUCUGCACAGAAACGCCGUGGCACAAGCUGGCAUUAGAGGUUCGCAGGACAGCCUAAUCAAAACGUUAUACGACGCUAACAACGCGACCAACGGCUGGGAUGUCGUCUUCAAUAUGGCACUCGAACCGAUCAACAGGGCAUUACGGGACCAGUACGACGAUCUCAAGGACAACACCACGUACGGAAACAUUAUCGAUGCAGUCACGGAAAUCAAAGAAACGAGUCGAGUCACGACGAUCAAAAAGUUCCACUUGGAAUACGGUUACCCGCUGUUAACUUUUGAUGAGAACAAUGCCAAGACUGUCAAGCUGGCUAUGCCGAUUGAAAAGGGAACGUUGACCAAGUGCGAUAGGUACGAAGACAAUCCGGAGGAGUGUGAUCGAGAGGUCAGCAUAGCGGGAAACACGCUCACCGCCUAUGUCGAACUGUCGAAGGUGUCGGGAAGGACUCCGGAGGGCAACAACACGUUGGACGUAAAGCUAAACAUGGCCGAGGGUGCUUUCAGCGUGGAAGACAUCGAAAUAAGUGACGAGGAGAAGGUCGAGCUGAGUAGAAAAAUCAAGGCUUAUUUCGUUGACAACAGAGUGGAGUAUCUCAUCAACAGGCUAGACCUCACUCACAGUCCCGUCACCGACGCCAUGAAGCCGAACGGAUUUCUGUUUAAGUUGUUGAAGACGGAAGCCAACGUGGGCAUCUUGCAGCUCUUCAUCCAAACGGGAAAUCGCGCUCUCAAAAACGAGACUCAGGCUUACCUAAACAACGUGCCCGAACCAUUACCGGAAGGCAGUGAGGCUUCGCUGCUCGUCCGCAGUGGCUUAUUCUUUUCGGAAGUUCUGCCGCAGAGCUUGGAUAAGUCUACAGCGUGGAGUUUGAUAGGAAAAGAAUCCCUAGACAGUAAAAAAUGGUACGGGGAGUUCACCAAUGCGCCCGUUUCAGCUACCGACAUUGAUUUGAGUUCGUUGAGUUAUACUUUUCGUUUUUCCAUGUACAGUGAUCCCGUAUAUUAUCAUUACUCUCUCCCUGAAAAUAAGAUCGUUUGGAAUUUAUCGGGGAUGACAAUGAAGCCACAGAGUGACGGGCAGAUUCAACUGUUUUCUUCGAAGGAGCACGUGACUAAUGUUAUUGAAUAUUGGGAUAUCUACAGUUUUUUUACAGGUCAUUCUCACAGUCAGAAAGAUAUUCAGACCAAGAUACUCUCGAACGUCAGUGCUGUCAUAGAAAAUGAUAUAGAGGGCGCUGAGCGUGACCAAACUUUUAUCUCGAAAAUAAAGAACUCGACCCUGAUUGCCAGUGGCCAUGUAUCCGGAGGGGGCCCUUGUGGUGAGGAUGACGCUGGAGCCAAAAUUAAUAAAAUAUUACAGCAUCAAGUUCCUCCGAAAAUCGUGCUAUAUCUGGACAAGAUCAGCUUUGCUCCAGUCUCGUUGUUCGCGAUUAAAAAUUUGCUCUUCCCAAAAGAUAAUUACAUUAAUUUUGAAAAAGUGGCCGUACCGGGCGAGAUGCUCAUUUUAGGCAACUUUCAUCACGCAGAAAAGGACGCACAAUCGCAGAGCUCGUUUUCGUCCUACUUCUCCUAUUUUUCUUCUUUUCUUCCCACUUAAGUAGGAAAAGUCUCGCUCUUUAACUUGAAAUUCAUAGUUUCCCUAUUUUUUGACUUUAAUCACUUCCAGAAGAAGUGAAAUAUUUGCUGUAAUUUCAACAGUUAACAAAUUAAAUUCUAUAUUUCCAUUGUA